AUGCUGGCCAUUUUUGGAACAAAACCGAGCAACGGUGGUCACAAGUUGGUUCCAUUUUUACAAAGUGUAAAUUACAAGGAUAAUCUCGAGUACCUAAACAGUACCAUCAACAUUUAUACCACCGCAACUGUCAAUCGUAUCGACGUUGGAUUUUCGCUAACUAAAACUCUUGUCGAGCCUUGGAUCAACAUCGGCUUGUGGGUGGACGUUGGCUCGGGCGUAUUGCGGACUCCGCUGUACAAUCGUACGGUCGAUUUCUGCCACUUUCUCCGCAACCCGGGUGUACAUCGGCUGGGGCAAAUUGUUCAUCGAGAGAUGAAACAGCGCGGCAACAUGCCAACUAGGUGCCCGAUUCCGGUCAAUCUCUACCAGUUUCGUGGUGUCUCGCUGAACCACAUGCGACUGCCACCGUUCUUCGUGGAGACGGACUUCAUACUCGACGUCAACGUCGGUGUUGAGAAGGAACGCACCUUUGACUCGCGCUGGUUUGGAACAGUCAAAAAGAUCAAAUGCUCUGACAGCGAGCGCUGUUCGUAA